AUGCUGGUCAAGGCGCUACAGCGGCCGCGGUCGCUGUCGCUCAUGACGUUCAACCUGCUGGCUCCGUGCUACUUCCGCCACGGCGGGCGACUGGAGAGCGACGACCAAGUGUCCUUCCUCUCGCGUGCACAGGCUGCCAUCCGCGCCAUCAAGCGCGAGCAGUGCGACAUGGUGUGUCUGCAGGAGUUUUGGUUCAACCCCGAGUACCAGCGCGCUUUCCGCCACGCGUUCCAACCCACACACUACGUGCACACAGUCAAGAGACCGGGAGAUAAGGAGGACGGACUCGCUGUCUUCGUGGAUAAGCGCAAAUUGGAGCUGCACAGUGUGGAGAGUGUGGAUCUGGUGGAGGAAGCGGGCGACCGUGUAGCUCUGCUACUGCAUGUGGCCACUAAAUGGAACCGCGAGCAGGCGCCACUGGAGGAGCGCUCGUUUCUUGUAGUCAACUCGCACUUGACUUUCCCUCACAACGAAAUGUACGCGAGUCUUCGUCUCAAUCAGAUCCACCGCGUGCUCUCGGCAGUGCGCAAGUACGUGGCUCGUCAAGAUCUUCGCGGCAUUCCAGUGUUGCUCUGUGGAGACUUCAACGACUACAAUGAUGCCGUCUACAGACUCGUGACGAAGCACGGAUACGCCAGUAUGUUCGCCCAGAUGCACGGACGAGAGGCGCGGAUCACGCACUGCAAUCAUAACAACAGAGAGGUCAGUGUGGACUUUAUCUUCGGUGCCAGACUAGACAACCAGACGCUCAUGGACCCUCGACUGCAACUCAAGCCUGUGGACUGCCAUCUCGUGCCUCGUGGCCUGCCGGACGUGGUGCGAUUGAAGCGCCCGCAGUUCGGACACGACUGGCGCCACGUGCAGUCGCCCUUGCUCUUGACAGACGAACAAGCGCUCGUGGAUUAUUGGCGAAUGGUGUCGGAUCAUCGGCCUUUAGUGGCCAAGUUUGAGGUCCUGGACGGCAGUGAACGGACCAAAAUUCCGUCUGUAGAAACGAGAUGA